GAUCUUGGCUCAGUUGGGUGGUGAUUCAGUCUGGACCCUUGAGGGGCCCCACAGCUGCAGAGGCUCAUGGGAAGGGGUCUGAUUGGCUGCCCAUCAGGAACCCUUCUAUGGCCUUUGUUUUCAGAACCAAUCAAACAGUUGAAUUGCAAGGAAAGAAGAUAAAGCUACAGAUAUGGGAUACAGCGGGACAGGAACGGUUUCACACCAUCACUACCUCUUACUACAGAGGGGCCAUGGGAAUCAUGCUCGUAUAUGACAUCACCAACGCCAAGAGCUUCGAAAACAUCAGCAAAUGGCUCAGAAAUAUUGAUGAGCACGCUAACGAGGAUGUGGAGAGGAUGCUGCUAGGCAACAAGUGUGACAUGGAGGACAAACGUAUCGUACCAAAAGCCAAGGGGGAACAGAUUGCGAGAGAACACGGGAUUCGCUUCUUCGAGACAAGUGCAAAAGCCAACAUCAACAUCGAGAAGGCGUUCCUCACGUUAGCAGAAGACAUUCUCAAAAAGACGCCCGUAAAAGAGCCCAACAGUGAAAACGUGGACAUCAGCACUGGAGGCGGAGUCACAGGAUGGAAGACCAAGUGCUGCAGUUGAACAUACACACACAGUUACUCACACACUUUACACAAACACACACACAUCGUCUGUUCUUCUAUACCCCCCCCCUCUCUCUCUCUUUCUUUCUCAUUCACUCAUCCCUCGUUUCUGUCUAACACUCUUCCAUUUUCUCCUCACAGGUUUCUUUGUAAAACACGUCUCUAAUGUUUCUUAAAAUCACGGCUGCUUGCUGACAUCAUUUUUAUUUCUGAAAAAAAAAAUAUAAUAAUACAAAUGUAAAAAGGAAGUCAUUUCAUGUUUCUUCUUAUUUUAAAAUUAAAGAAAGAAAGACAUGAAUUAAAGAAAAAGUGCGUUCACCACUACAUAAAGACCAUCAGUGGACCUGGAGACGCUGUCGGAGCGUUCAGUACGACAUCCUAAACAAGACUUUUGUCCAGUGUUUUGGGUUAGUGUUGUGUGUUAGUGUGAGAAAUCUUCUCUAACUGGGUUUUUUGUUCUUUAAUUUGAUUUCUUUCAUCCGGUGCCUUAAUGUAGAGCCUUAGAGCCCAUCCCAUCCAAACAACAUUUAAACAUCACUUUUCUGUAACAGUUACACAAACACACACACGCACACACACACUGGUCCUCUCCUCUCUGCUUGACCCACUAACUCAACCCAGCACAUCUGAGUGGAACCAUCCGGUCUCAACCUGUUUGCUCAGAAGAGAAUGGCAUCAUAUGUAUUUUUGUUUAGUUUUUUUUAUUAUUAUUUUUAAAUGUAGUCGUUUUUUUAUUUUUCCGAAUGUUUUAUGAAUCUCCUCUGUAUGUUUUGUUUUGUUUUCCCUCACUCAGUUACUCAUUCUCUCCUGCAUGCUGGUUUCUUUGGGGGUUUUGGGGUCUUUUGUAAGUUUUGCCAUGUUUGUAAUUGACAGGAAGUAUCUCUUCUGGUCCAGAUACGUGUCAGGGAGGGGAGUGUUCUCUUUGGAAAUUCAAACGAUUUUGCAGAUCCAUUAAAAAUAAGCUUGUUUAAGUUA